AUAGGAGGGAGACUUCAUCACAGAAAUUAAAAGUGUGAUUGCAGUGAAGCAAGCGUACGUAGUUUUAGCAAGACCAAUGGCAUCUUCGAACCCACCAUGUGCGGCUUGCAAGUUCCUGCGGAGAAAGUGCCAACCCGAAUGCGUGUUCGCGCCAUACUUCCCACCGGACCAGCCUCAGAGGUUCGUCAACGUGCACAGAAUCUUCGGAGCCAGCAAUGUCUCGAAACUUCUCAAUGAGUUGCACCCUCACCAGCGCGAAGACGCAGUGAAUUCUCUAGCCUACGAAGCCGAAAUGCGCCUCCGAGACCCUGUUAAUGGGUGUGUUGGAAUCAUCUCUCUUCUUCACCAGCAGCUUCGCCAGCUCCACAUGGACCUCCAGAGUGCCAAAUUUGAGCUCUCAAGGAUCCAUAACUUGGGUGUAACCAUACCCACUGGAUACGGUCACACUUCUGCUGCGGUUAUCACGCCCGUUAGCGCCUCUCAUGUUAUGAAUGGUGCUGAUGGUAGCUAUGAUAACCGCUAUUAUAACCAACAACAUAGUUAUCAUCAGUGUGUGCCUCAGCAGUUAGUUAGGAACUUUGUUGGUGCAGGGAACAACUGUGAUGAGGGUAAUGUGUUGGCCAUAAACAUUGCUAGUUUUGGGCCAUUGAGUCAGCUCCAGCAGCCUAGUGCUGCUGCUGUUGCUCGUGAUGACCCUCACACUAGGGUUCAUCACUCUUAG